AUGACAUUGUUAAAUACCCUCAGCAACUUCGGUGGGACAUGGCCGCGGUUAAUCAUUAUGUCCAUGAUCAACUACUUCACCGUGUAUCAGUGCACUAUUCCUGGCACAAAUAAAGUAUACGUAACUCACGGCGGCAGCAUGCAAGCGUGCACCGAGCUUUUGAAUGGCACCGUGACCAUCCUGCGUGACGGCUAUUACAUCACCAAUCUCAUAUGUAUUGUAGUCGGACUUUUCCUAUAUUUUGGAUAUUUGAAAAGGAAAAUCCUCCAUUUACAAAGUCUGCCAAUCAGUUCCUGGAGAUUUUUUCAUUUUUUUUUUACAAUUUUGGCAGUUACGUCUCGAGCUAUUUAUUAUAAGAGUCAGAAUUGGCGCAGGGAGUGUUAA